AUGGCCCACCCUGCCAUAUGGAGAGGAAAACAGUUUUUCUACCCUAUUGGCAAUACAUCUGCAGUUUGCCUCACACAGGAUCUUUGCCCAUCUGAAAAAGCAGAUGUGCUGCUUCUUGGAUGUGGCGAUCUGAGGCAUAUCCUUUACACUGUAUAUACAGACAGCACGGGCUCGCAAGCAUCACGAAAACUGGACUUCACUUGCUGUGACCUUGAGAGUGCAGUCAUUGGCGAGCUCAGAUUUAACAUUCGAUCUCGUAAUGCUAUCUUAUUCACGCUCCUUGCCGACGAAGACGCUGUGCAGAAAGUGCCGCAAAUUUGGAACAUCUUUUUCCACUUUUAUCUCGACAAAGCUUCCCGUGACCUGCUCAUAUCACAGUGCAGGAAGUUGGUCGAGCUAUCCAGUGAUAUGGAUAGCUGGAACAACGGUCCUUAUGGACAUUUCCUUCGCAUGUGCACUAGAGAUACUCUCGCCGAGCUGCGGCGCCUUUGGCAGCUCUACGUCAAGACGACGACCUGCUCUCCUAGCGAAGCAAAAGCAUUUGAAUCCGCAUAUGCCGCUGAUGUCAAAGCUUCCAAGGCGAAAUUCAAAUUCGUGUGCACAUCAAGCCGCGCAGCUGGGCCUCUAUCGAUGUAUGCGCUCAAGAUGGCGGGUGAUCACUACAACAUUUACUGGGAGACAGGCAUAUGCUCUGCCGUCCCUAAGAGACCAUCGGAGGUGUCACAUCCAAAUCCAACCUUAGCAUACUCCAUGGUCGGCGACAAAUUUGGGGUUCACUAUGGAACAGAUCCUCUCUCUUGCUUUCAUUUGGCUGAAGCGCUUGCGCCAGCUCCCGGAAACUCUUGCCAUCCAGAGAAAGUUGCUCUGAAAGACAUAAUAAAUGUCUGCAAGACGCAGUUUUCCCAGUGGUGCACUUCUGUUUCCAAGGUCUUGGGCAGUCAAGGUUCAUCUUCCCCGAGCCCGCUCAUCAUACGCUGCUUUGUGGGAGACGCUCUGAGCUUGUGUCAAGCUCUUGGCUACUCCCACACCACGAAAUCGACAUCCACGCCAUUCCCUGUCGCGCCUUGGAAGAGCGCAUGUAUCACCUUUGAUCCUGAAGCUUACGGAACCGAUACAAAGUCACUUGCGCCAACCACGUUCAACAUCAUUGAUACGUCCAACCUUCUUGAUCACGUCGGCGUGUUGAACAUCCUCGUUGUUACUUGUCCUAUUCUUCAGCGAGCUCCAACUGCUACGUUGUACACGGAAGGUCUCUCUUGUCUCUCCGGGAGCAGCCCAGAAGACACGCUGCCACAACAACUCUGCGGAGAUGUUGCCGCUAUUGGGCUGCUCCUCGGCCUCAUUCCCGUGUCCUUUGUUUCGCAGUUCACGAACCGCUCAAAUAUGCACGAGCUCCUGAUGCAAUCCGCGAAAGAGGACGUAACUCAGAAUUACGAGCGCCUCGCUUGGAAGCUGCUCGGCCGGACUGAGAAAUUCGCCACUGAUCUUGACUGCCCCAUCGAAAUCGCUCCAGAGCAGCUUGCAGGCGUCCUCUUCAAUCUUUACCUCGACAUAUUUUUUUAUCAGAACAUGACACGAAAGAUGACCAUGGUCAAACAGUCUCCAUUGUCAAUCAGAAUCUAUGGGGACAUACAUUACCACCGUCGUGCGUACGCGGAGAUUCUGAGUGUCGUCAAGAGGAGGGUGAUCACAGAGUGGGCCCCAACCAUGAACAUACUUCAUGACAAGAUACUGGGUGACAGGACCCUUCUGACUGGGAUGAACCAUUAUCAAGAUCUCUGCUGCCAGCUACACCUUCUUGGCGUUUUCACUGUGGAAUGGAUGUCUCUACAAAAGGUACAGGAGGUGUGUCGCCUUGAGAGGCCUCUUGUCUUUCGCGAUUGGAAGACACUCCAGCAAACCGUCUGUGUCGUCCUCAUCAUUCCUCGGGCUCGACUCCAGCCGCUCUUGCCAGCUCUUGACGAGGCUGGAACACCUGUGUUGCAGUGUGACGUCAGGGGAGCAGUAACCUCGAAUACGUUUUCAUGCAUCAACACAGUUUUUGGAACUGUCAAGAUCAGCGGCAAGGGCGAUAGAAAAACUGCAGCCAUUGAGGAGGACGCCACUAGACGGUAUGGAACUUCCCCUCUCGUGGUGUGGUUCUGGGUGCCAUCCGUUGUGAUUGCAAACGAGCAUCGGAUGUCGGUCGUUCUGACUGUUCUAUCCACCCCGGCGACUUUUUCACUCACCAUGAAGCUAGGAUUUGACCUUUCCUUAUUCCGUGCGGACAUGGGAGAUGAGCAACUUGUGCACAUCCUGCGACAGCGUCCUAAUUUUGUCCCAGAGAGUCCUGAGGAGAAGAGUAUUCAGAUCAGCGAUCGUCCUAUGAAGACGCCUGGCGCCACAUUUGUGACGUUAGAUAAAGAAUGCAAGAAACCUCUGUCAUUUACCACACGGGUGGAUAUCGUCGAACCGGAGAUGAAAGCUUCCUUGACCAGCGGUGCUACUCCCACUGUGAACCAGGCUUCCAUGCAUUCAAUCGCCAUCGUUCUUGGAGACAAGUCUUUGCAAUUCCCUUUCCCGCUUCCUAUCGAUGCCAAGAAAGCCAAGCUACGCAUUGCACGAAAGUCGCUAUACAUCGAAGUUACCUUGCCCCUAAAACUUGCUCUUGGAGAAACCGACCCGGACAUGUUCCCUGUUAUCCCGCACGGAGGUGAUCUUGCCCUGUGGAACAUGCACCGCGUCAACCUCGACCAAUGCGUGCCCUUCAGCAUCACCAAUAAGAAGGCUCUCGACUGGGUCAACCCUCACGUCUCCCUCAUGCUGUCUGAGCGUGAAAGACGCAUUCCCGAGAGUUUGACAACAGGGUCCACGCUGCUGGAUAUCAAGCAUACACUUCAUGUAAUCUUUGGGCACGCAAGUGGUACCACGGAUGGCAAACCCCCUCUAUGCUACGCCCUGCAGGAAGAACAUAAGGUCUUCGUUAUGUUACACAUCACAGACCUCCGGUUGGACCUCGGCUCGCACGCUAUAGUCGCUGACGCUUGGGUGAUGCCGUCUUCUCCCGAGCCUGCGAAGAUCGAGGCUUUCGGCAAGGUUUCUAAACAUGUGAUGUCUGGCACCAAUAUGAAGCAAUUGGGGAUAGCUGCUGAGGAGAGGAAAGCAUGGAUGCACCUCCUUGUGGCCGCAACGGAGCGGUGCCGUACCUGGGAACACAAGACCAACUGCGAAUAUCGCGUUAAAGGCGCUAUCCCUCUAACUUUUGAGCCAGAUCGAAAUCCUAUUUGCUCUUGCGGCGCUGGGGUGGGGACAGAAGUGUUUGUGAAGAAAUAUCCAAUGCUUCGCCCACUUGCACCGUAUGUGACGAGGGCAGCGAUCAGUCCGCUGUUCGCGCUGUCGUACAUGGAAAGGGUCGGUAGGCCGAAAGAUGCCGAUGCCACGAAGACUCCACCGACGCCUGUGUCAGCAGCAACGGUGCAUCAUGUGUGCGCGACUUGUGGAAAGGAAGGAAGUGGUUCUGGAUCGUUGUUGAUUUGCAGUCGGUGCAGGGUUGUGCGGUAUUGUUCAGCGAACUGUCAGCGCGAGGACUGGAAAGGGCACAAGAAGCACUGCGUAGUCCCAUCUUCCUGA